GUUUCGACUAACGAAAUCUUGCAGUUGACAGAGUAUAGAAGAGUUUAAAGUAGCAAGAUGGCAAUUGUUUGGGCCGGGUGCGGGAGGGCGGACGCUGCACUGGCCGUUGACGGAUGUCGUGUGCAAAGCAGCUUCGUGAGGCGCGUCGAGGAGACGCGGAGGGCAAACCCAUUUAACGCGCUCUGCUCGACGUUCAAGCUUGGCGUGUCAGUGGCAGGCAGCUGGAACUGGCACAGCCCACCGGUCAGCCGUGUGGGGUCGGGGCCGGGGCAUUUGCCUUGCCCAUUCGCUGGGGCAGCCACGCGGAGGCAGCAGUGACGGCCAGCAGAAGCAAGUCUCAGGCGACGAUACUCGUAAUCACUCGUUCGGUUGCAUGUGGCUGCGGCGAUGGUCGCGGAACUUACAAAGCGCGCAAGCCUAUGUUCUGGGGUCGCAUCGCUUGCACUGACAUGUUGUUGGAGCACUUUCAUAAGCCUAUAACACAAAUCUUAGUCAUCCAUCGUGGCGGGACAACCCCCCUGUCGCCGUUGACGCUACGUAACUGGGCCGAAGUGGACAGCUUGUAGCUCGAUCGCGACAUCCUGCUGCUUGACAUCCGUCACUUCCACACCUCUCCCCGACGGAUGCCUGCGUCGCGCAAUGCUCCGAGCUCCAUCAUCACUUCCAGGCAAGCAGUGAUUGCCCAGAAUGAAGAGCUCGGCCGUGUGCUUGCUUGUCCUUUCGCAGGCGGCCGCCGUGCUGGGCACCAACGCAAAAUACUACCAUGAUGCCCAGGAGGAGAAGCUCGCCCGUCGCGACCCGCGAAAUCAUGGGUUGGGCCCCAAAACGGAUGUAGUUCAAGAGCCUGCUCAGCCGGCCGCUCGCCAGCCAGGUGCCGAUAUAGUUGAAUCCGCGCUCUCAGAGCUCCAAAAGAUCCCGCGCUCGUCUCGACGACGAAAGCAUCAGUCAUCCGGCAUCAUUGGUGCGACGCUUCGAUACCUGGGCAAAGUGAUACCAACGGGGCCUGCGUCGGCUCCGUCCACCCACAAGCCCUCGAAACCCGUUUCUGGCCCUCUCUUGAACGCAGUCGAGCUGCUCGGGGAAGCCGCUCAUCAAAACAACUCCGACGCCCUCUUCCUCCUCGCCGAGCUGAACUUCUUUGGCAACUACAGCCAUCCGCGCAACCUCCAUGCCUCCUACAACCACUACAAGCAACUCGCCACCGCCCACGGCAACACGACGGCGCAGUACAUGCUGGGGCUGUAUCACUCUACUGGAAUUGGCAAUGUCGUUCCUCGGGACCAGGCAAAAGCUCUCCUGUACUACACUUUUGCGGCCGUCAGGGGCGAUACUCGAGCCGAAAUGGCAACGGCAUUUCGCCACCACAGCGGAAUAGGCGCGACAAAGAGCUGCGAGUCGGCUGUCAGGUAUUACAAGAGGGUUGCCGACAAGGCUAUCAAUUGGUAUCGUGCCGGUCCCCCAGGUGGCAUGUCGUGGGUGUUCCAGGGGUGGCGCAUUUCGGACGAUGACGGUGGCAUAUAUGGCGAGGGCGCGAGCGUGUCCAGCUCGGGCAUCAACUCUCGAAAGGUGAACGCGUAUUCGGACUCGACGCGCGCCGCUAUUGGCGACGUCAUCGAGUAUCUCGACCUCGUGUCUCAAAAAGGCGACUCGAAAGCCUCCUUCAACCUCGGACGGAUCUACUAUGAGGGACAGCGUGGCCUCGACAGAGACUACGAGCUUGCCAGGAAAUACUUUUACCUGGCAGCAUCCAGGUAUUGGAAGAAGGACAACCGCGUCGUCGAAUCCUAUACCAAGGACAUGGAGCGGACGGCAGCUCAGGCCGCUGGUUACAUCGGCCGCAUCUACCUGAGAGGAGACGGCGUGGUGCAAAACUUUGAGCGAGCCAAAAUAUGGUUUGACCGCGGCAUAUCGCUCCGGGACGCGCAGUCGCAGUACGGGCGGGGUCUCAUGCUGCUCAACGGUUACGGUGGCAAGGAAAACGUCAAGCUGGCCAUGGAAUUGCUCACAGCCGCCGCCAACCAGGACUAUGCCCCAGCGCAAGUUCAGAUGGGCAGACUUUACCUCGAUCAGGGCGAACCCGAGGACCUCAGGAUUGCCAACAACCACUUUGAGUUGGCUGCGAGGCACGGCAACAUCGAGGCCCACUAUUAUCUUGGAGAGAUGGUGUAUCACGGCGUCGGCCGAGAAAGACUUUGCGGAAUGGCCAUGUCGUAUUACAAGACUGUGGCAGAAAAGGCGGAGCCGCUCGUAUCCUCAUGGGGCGACGCAAAUGACGCGUACGAGGCCGGAGAUCACGAACUGGCAUUCUUGGAGUAUCUGAUGGCCGCCGAACAGGGCUACGAGAGGGCGCAGACGAACGUGGCCUACCUGCUCGACACAGGACGAUCCAAGAUACCGUUUUCACAGUGGCUGCGGAAGCACAGGAACGAGGCUGAGCUCCUGGAGAACCCCGGCCUGGCUCUCAUCUAUUGGACGCGAUCGUCAAGGCAGUCCAAUAUUGACUCGAUGGUGAAGAUGGGAGACUACUACUUCUACGGCAUUGGAACCAACCAGGAUGUCGGCAAGGCGGUCCAAUGCUACACUGGGGCAUCAGACUACUCCCAGAGCGCGCAGGCCUUAUUCAACCUGGGAUGGAUGCACGAGAACGGCAUCGGGCUGACGCAAGACUUCCACCUGGCUAAGCGCUACUAUGACCACGCGUUGGAGGUCAACGAGGAGGCCUACCUUCCGGUCACGCUGAGCUUGCUCAAGCUCAGGAUUCGCAGUGCUUGGAACACGCUCACCCACGGCUCUGUGCACUCGAUACAAGACGAGCCAAAGAAGGGCAAGGACUGGUCGCUGUCGGAGUGGAUUGCCAACUUUCUUGAAGACGAUAACAUCUACUACGAAGACGAAGUGUACAAUGACAACAUGUAUGAAGGCACAAUUGGUGCCGGAGAAGAAGACUUUGAUGACGGAGGCGUGGUUGAGAGCGUGGUGAUUAUCGGCAUCACGAUGGCUCUUGUCUUCCUGCUGUGGUGGCGGCAGCGGAUACAGCAAGCGCACGCGCAGGCCGAGGAGGAGCGAAGGCGGAACCAGGGCGCAGGGGGGCACCCGCCGCCAGGGAAUCCUGUUGACGGAGGUGAUGCGUUCCGCGGGUGGGCUGCGGGAGGGGUGGGUUUGUGAUGCAGGCAGGGCAGUGCUGCAUCAACUGUAUCCAUGUACCUAUCUAUGGUUAGGCGUUUACGGCAAGCAUGAGAGCGAUGUUUGUUUGCGAGCGAACGGGCACGGCACUCGUU